AUGUAUGAGUUUCCUGCCAAAUGCAGGAGACGUGGUAGGUCUGAACUUGCCUGACUUUGCAAUGCUAAGAUCCUCUCUCAUGUGUUUGUUUCAAUACAGUAAAGCAGUGGUGGAUCCAGCCUGGAUUUUAUAGGUGGUUCAGGGCAAGCAGCUGAGCACAGCAAACCCGGAAUUUGGCAGUUGCAUGCCACCAUGCAAUUGUGUGACUUAGUGGCGUCUUAGUUACAAUGUGCAGAUAAGUCGAUACUGUGAUUAUGUGUAGGGAAAAUGGAAUAUUUUUCAUAUUAUUUUAAUAUUUGAUUGUAUUUUCAAUUUUUUAUUAUCAUAAUACCAAAUACUUAUUUGUGCACACCAUCCCUCUCUACCCACCACUGUUUCAAAGACUGCAUUUUUCCCAAUCCUAGGGUCACAUGAAGCUGUAAGGUGGCCAGCCCAGCAAUGCAUAGCUACUCUCUCAUUGCGAUGCAUACUUUAUUACCCAGAAUUACCAUCUAAGUCUAAACACAUUACCAGAAAUAUGGAACUUUUUUUGACUGCAUUUGGUCAGUGGCUAAUCGCUUUAUAAUUGCAUUCUGUAGGCAACAUUCCAACUGCUUUAAUUAAAAAUUUGCAUAGCUUGAUCUGUCAGUGCCAUAGUUAACUAACUUAACUUCGCCACUAGACUUUCACUUUCAGAACCAUGAAAAGUGAAAUUUCAAACAAUUCAGGAAGCAGUUUGUCAUGGAAUACCUGCCGGGUUUUUUAGCUAUAUUAAUUUUAUUUAUCCAAUUAAAGACCAAGACUCUCCCAUUUCAACCUUAAACGUUGACGGCUUUUUGGACGUCUUCAUGAAUAAGUAUCUAUAGAUACCAAAUAUGUACAUUAUAUGCGUACUAUUAUUACACAUAAUUUGUAAAUAGUGUGUGAAAAUUACAUAAUUAUCCACAUUCCUUCUCCAUUGUACAUAACAUGCAUUUGUAUGUGACAUGUUGAUAUACGUACGUUAGAGAGGAUCUAGACUUGCUCCAAGUCUUUCUCGAAUGGGUUUUGAUAGGGUAUAUCCAGUUUAUUAUGAGAUCAGUUUUGAACUUGAACAAAACCCAUUCGAGAGAGACUUGAGGCAAGUCUAGAGAGGUUCAGAUUUGACUUCCACUAUCGCCACCAUUACCUCUAACUAGCUUGGACUUGGUACACACCUGAUUAGUUAAUUGAAUGUAUCAAACGCAUCUGAAUGGUAGCGGUAGUGGAAGUCAAAUUUGAACUUCACCAAUAUAUACACGAGCACAGUACAUCAUCUGGGAACGUGUGAAAGUUACCAACCACGUGCUAUUGCAACUGCAAUUGGGAAUGCGUGAAAUUACAACUAUAACAACUCACAACUGUUUAACUGUGUUUUUUGCUCAUCGUUUUUUUUAAAGACUUUUUUCGGCCAAAUGUCUUGCCAGCUAAAUAUUCUCUCGGUCAAACACUCGUCAGUGAAAUGUUCUGUCGGCCUCUGUAAUCCGCCCAGUAAUAGUUCUUACAUUAAUACAAGUGUGUUGACAUGCUAUUGCUUACUUUCAGGUUGUCAUAGACGUUUGUUGACAAUUCUCCAGAAUCUGUCUUCUCGAAGGAUUUCAACGUGUUCUAGACAGUUGUCUUCUUCAAGUGAUGAUAUUUCCAAGAAAAGUAAUGGUAAAUAUUACUAAUACAGUAAUAAUACACUCAUAAUACACUAUGACAAAAAUACGUCUACGUCUAUAUUAAAUUACAUAAAAUUGUUUAUUCUAUGUAUAAUUGACUUCACUGUUUUAAUUGGCCCCUGGGCCAAUUGUUCAAGGGUGGAUUAACACUAACCCGCAUGGCUUAACUUUCUCUUUUGGUUUGUGUUUAUUUCAAAACUGUUGAAAGUAAAAAAAUUCUAUUGGUCCAGACAGUAUUUUGGAAAAAUAUUUUAAAGUUAACCCAGGAUCAAGUUAUCGAACAACUGCCCCAGAAAGAUAUUGUGAAAAUCCCGCUGUGCAAAUGAUCCCUAGCUCAUACUGAACAAGAUGUUCCUCGAUUAAAUAAAUAAUAAUAAUGUUAAUAUCAUAUUUAUACAGGUUAAAAAACUUGUUUCAGCAACUUAAAAUGCUGGUGUCAAUACCAUAGUUUUGCCGUGGCAUUCUGUAGCGCCCUGACCGACUCGUCACACUAAUAUGUCUAAUAUGCCAUGAGUCCGCAGCGAAACUUCAUACGAACGACUACAAAGACAAGGUUUUCGUUCAGGUUACUCUACGAUACCACUCAUAGUGUCGUGGACUUAUCCCCGGGGCUUUGGUGGCGUCAGAUCAAGCGCCUUUCACCUCUCAGAUCGUGGGUUGGAUUCUCGCUAUGGACUAUGAGUCGGUCAACCUCUGCCAAAAGUCGUGGGUUUUCUCCGGGUGGUUUCCUCCCACAGGGAAAGUUGACACUGGGGUUACGAUAAACAUAAUUAAGGAAGCACAAUGGACCUUAGAAAUGGACCUUAGAAAUGCUUACGUCACGUAAUUUUCAAACAAUUAAUUAUCGUAGUUUUGUUUGUGGAAACACCACGUAAAUUUAUUACUGCAAAGCUUUUAUUAUUAUUAUUAUUAUUAUUAUUAUUAACAUAUUAUUAGCACUGAUGAAGAUCCGGGCUUACGGAUCGAAAGCUUUGCAGUAAUAAAUUUACGUGGUGUUUCCACAAACAAAACUAUUAUAUUUUAUCGCCAUGCAAACAUACAAAGAACUAAUUAAUUAUCGACUCACGAAUAUCCCACAAUGCACUGUGCAUUCCCAAAUCCAACGUAUAAAAAAUUGUGUGACGUAAGUACUUCUAAGGUCUAUUGUCGUGAAGAUAAAUUGUCUACACAGGAAAAAACGCCAAGCCUGUAACAAUGUUGAAAACAGACCCGAACAAUAUUUUGCUGCCCAUAUUGUUCCUGCAUGUUGUUAACAAUAUUAUUGUUCAGCAUUGUUUCGCCAAACAAUGACAUUUCGUUUUCGACAACAUUGUUACAGGCUAGGUGUUUUGCUGUGUAGGUCACGUAGGUAAUAUAGUAUAAGUAAGCAUAAUACUUGAUGUAAUCAGUCACUGAAAAGCCCCAAUGGGGAGUGAGCGGAAUGUUUGUAUGUAUAUAUGUAUUGCUUGCAUUACUGCAUAUGAUUAUUUGUAUAGUACUGUAUUUAUUUUCGUUGCUUUCAGAAACGCAGCCUACUAAAGUUGACUACAAUGCUGCUCAUGAUGAGAAUACGUAUGUGACUGAAACAAGAGCCAUCGAUGAUUACUUCCUUGAUCACAGGUGAUAUUUAAGUGCAUGUACUGUAUUUACUGUUUAUGCUGUAGAUCGUUCACUUAUGGAGACUUUCAGUGUUGUAGUUCCCAGAUGUUAAGCCAGUUUGCCCCUGGUAUUAAUUAUUUUAAUCUCUGCGGUAAACUCAGCAACGACAGUCAUCGGGGCGCAGACGCCGGUUGUAUAAAACUCUUAAACUUUUUAACCACUAUUUUGUAGUUCUAUAGUAGUCAAACACGCAAUUUUGACUGCUUAACCUCCUACUAACUGUAGUUAACUUUAACUACCUUUUUAUACAACCAACCCCAGCUACUUUGUCAAUAAAUUUUUCACACGGUUAAUGUAGAGUUGCACGAGCAACAAAAUUGCUGCAACUUGCAACAAAAUCGGAUUUCAACGCAUGUUAAUUGAAAAUGUUUACACAUAAAUUACAAAUCACGAGGCAACAUGUGUCGACAUUUGCGAUAACAUGCGUUGAAAUCAGAUUUUGUUGCAAGUUGCAGCAAUUUUGUUGCUCGUGUAACUCCAGCUUUAGUUGGAAAAUAUGUUAAAUUGAGAUUGGACAUUUUGCCCAGCUUAAUCGAUCAGUCACAUUCCCCGUCAUAAAACAAUUUGAUCAGACAAAACGUUAACCGGACAAUGUCCGAUGACCGGCAGUAAUUUGCAGGCCUGAAUCUUUCUCUAAUUUCCAGAGAUCUUGAAGGUCUUCAGAAAAUCACAGUCCGAAAUGCAUACAGUUCAGUUGUUGAACUUCCUACAUAUUGUUAUUUGAAAUCUCAAGUCAAGGAAAGGUAUAAUAUAAUAGUGUAUUAUAUAGGAUCAUAUUUGACUGGGUGGCGUGCGUGUUCUAUAAAAUCAUCGGACGUUGCGGCUGAAACCCUCUCUCCUCCACUGCAGAGGCUUUUAAAUGGUUAAUUGUGAAUAAUUUCGUAAUUGCGCUAGAAGGUAAAAAGGGGAAAGUAAUUGCUAGAAUUCGGUGCGUGGGUGCUGGAGAGAGGGGAAGGGAGCAAUUACGAAAUUCUUUCUAAAUUAAUCAUUCAAAAGCCUCUGCGGAGGAGAGAGGCUGAAAGCAGAGACGUUAAGUGAAGACUUUGUCGUUACGGGGGGUGUAACGGUCAAAUUACUGGAUAUUUUAAAUUACGGUGUUUGAAACUUCUUUGGAAAGAAGAUAUUAACAGAAUGGAAUACGGGGAUUAAAUCUACAACGGGGUUCAGAGGAAUGCUCCCCCGUGAAUAUUUAGACACUCAGAAAUCCUGUCAUCAAGUCACCUCUAAAUUUACCUAGAAUUACUUAUAAGGAAAUAUUGGGUAGAGGGUUACACCCCUAAUGCACACCGCCCCUAGCUGAAAGUGUUAAGCCCUAAAGGCCAUGUUACACGGUGCAGUUUUUCUUGCAACUUGCAAUGCAAUUCUACUCUUGAGAGAUGUAAAAUUGCCAAAUACGAGUCUUCAUUACACUCCGUUGAUGUUUUCUCAACAUAUCGAAAAUUCUUCACUGAUUUGACUAAUUAAAAUCACAUGGUUGGAAGAUUCAACAUGCAAGUACAGUACAUAAUUCUUGGAAUCUCAGGGAAUCAAAGUUUGAUUCGUUUUAUAACAUUUCUAACCAGUCUUGGUAGACUAUAAAGUAUCUUGCUUCAUUAAUAUUCCAAAAUGUGCGUUAUACGCAUGUUCAGUUAAUUCAGGUCAACCUUUAAGGCCAUGUUACACGGUGCAAUUUUUCUUGCAACUUGCAAUGCAAUUCUACUCUUGAGAGAUGUAAAAUUGCCAUGUUUUCUCAACAUAUUGAAAAUUCUUCACUGAUUUGACUAAUUUUAAUUAGUCAAAUCAGUGAAGAAUUUUCGCUUUGUUAGUUAUGCUGGUUAGAAAUGUUAUAAAACGAAUCAAACUUUGAUUCCCUGAGAUUCCAAGAAUUAUCUAGUGUACUUGCAUGUUGAAUCUUCCAACCAUGUGAUAUAGAAACUUAGCAUUGAUUUGCCUAAUAUUAUUGAGAGACCGUCGGAGCUAUGUCGUCAUUGUUUGUUAACUUUAUAGAGCAAUAGACAAACAUGGCAGUAUAGCGAAUAUUAAACAGAAACAUCGUGAAAGAAGGAAGCAACUUGAAGCAGAUGAAACCUACAGAAGAGGUAGGGUGUGUUUCUAUGAUAUAUAUCACUGUCUUGCCUCGUACCCAGGCCCUUUGCUUUGCGUUUACCCACUAAAUUAACUAUUGCAUUGGCAUUUAACCAAAUUGCCGCACGAAAUACAGAAGAAUUGUUCAUGUUUGUCAACGUUUAUCCAGAAGAAAUAAGUAUAUACUGGCAUACUGCGAAACCUGUAACCACCACAGCACGUUUAACUUCAUUGAGAAAAAUGGUAUAUAUUAACCAUUUUUGAACUAGAUGAGAAGAUGAUUGAAGCCCGCAAACCAAGCGCUUUGCUUUCAACCCCCUCACUCAAUAGCUGAGCAUGCGUGAACAAACUCAACCAUAAGAGAGCGCUUGUUAUCACAAGAUACAGCGACCAAGUUUACUUUCUUAGUGUAUUUCACAAAAUGAUUAAUAUAAUUUCAUUUCUGUUGACAGUUUUGUUCAUUGACUCGUCAUCGUGAUUGUUUUUAGAUUUCAGUGGUUUGAUUGGUCAUUUGAAGAAAACGAUAAAAGAUCAAACAAAAAUUGAUGCAGAUAAAAAGGUAGAUAAGAUAAGAUAACUUUAAUUAUGCCUCUCUGGGCAACUCAUGCAUCUACGAAAAUUACAGUUCAUCAAAUUUGAUGAAAUUUGCUUUCAAUUUCCUAACAUGUGUAAUCCUGUAAAAAAUAUGUGCAACUUUGUAAGGCGAUACUAUAGAAUUUGUUCAAAAGUUGCAGUUUUUUUGCUAAACCUCCAGCCACGCAAUUCUUGGGUUUCAUAUGACGUCACAGAAGUGGCGGGGGUCAACUCAAAACACAGUUAUCAGAGUGAGUCGAUUGUUCGUUUUAUGUAUUAGCCUUGUGUUUGGUGACAAAUACAUGGAAUUUCGUAUCAUUUUCUCACUCCAAUACAGCAUAAGCAUCAGUACAUUUGAGAUGGCUCCCCGUCAGAUUCACUGCAUAAUGCCGUAGUGAAACCCAAGAAUACCAGAACUAAAUUUGAAGGAGUUGAACGAAAGUGUUAUUCUGCCAACGUGAAAGAACAGCACUUUUGGAGUUGAAUCAACUGCUUGAAAUUUACAGUAUAUCGGUAUUUCCCGUAAUCAAGCUCUGUCCAUAGAGGUGGACAAAAUUAAUAGAUAUGUUUUAAUGCCAGGUGUACGGUGGUCAUACAGAAAGAGUGAACUUUCUUAAAGGUUCUGCAAGAGUUGUAACCUAUGCUAUUAUCAGGUAUAGUAAUUCUUUUAAUUCGAUAACAAGUGUUUUUACCAACACAAAUGAAACUUGCUGGAUUACGCUGGAUUACAUCAAUGAGAAAUUGCUGUGCUGAGUGGUUAUAUUACUACCUGAAAUAAACAAGCAGAAACUCGACGUAGCGACGAAGGGCCUUCGCUCGCGACAACUAGCGACGAAGGGCCUUCGCUCGAAACUUCGAGUUUCUGCUUGUUUAUUUCAGGUAGUAAUAUAACCACUCAGCACAGCAAUUUCACAUUCAUUUGGUACUACCCACACUGGUCCAGACAGUUUUAUUACAUCGAUGACCAUAUGCAGUGAUAUUAUGUAGAAUGGUCUGUGCCAGUGUAGGUAGUGAUAAUAACGCCAGAAAGCUGCGGAUUGAAAGGAAUUCAACGACCUGGAAAAUACAAGUAAAACGUUUCGAGCGAACACCCUUCUACAGGCAGCGAAAAUUAGGGAGGCAAAGGAAAUACCCUAAAAACCGCCUGCCACGCAGGCUACCCUUCCUAGGGAAGUUAGAUAAGUGCUGUUAUGAGGUGGUCUUUGCAAUUUAUUCAUGCGAUUUUAUCUUUCUCUUUUUAGCAAUUUUACAGUGAUGGUGUUCAAAUUUGGAGCGUAUUUGCACACAGGUUCAGCCAGUAUGUUAUCUGAGGCUGUCCAUUCAUUAGCUGAUUUUGCAAACCAGGUAAGUUAGGAGAGCAAAAACUUUGAGCGAAUGCGAAAAUUGACUGUCUGUGAUGUAUAAGGCCGGUUACAGUAGAGUCUGUAUACGCAACUUUGCCAAUUUUUACUAUCAUGACACUGUUCAAUAGCUAGUAUCUAAUGGUAGCUAGUAUGGUAGCUAUAAUAUGGUAGCUAGUAUGGUAGCUAGUAUGGUAGCUAUACUGUAGUAUGGUAGCUAGUAUGGUAGCUAUACUGUAGUAUGGUCGCUAUAGUAUAUACAGUGUGGUACCUAGUAUUUUAGCGAUUUAUUGUUGUACCAGCCAAUGAUAGCUAUCGUGGCGAUCAGAAAACUAAAAACUUAUCAUUGAAAACUUGCUCGUCUGUAACCAGCUUAAUGUGUCAUUCCAGGAAACAUCCACACCUCCCCCACGGAGGAAAUUGAAAAUUAAACCCUCCCCCCAUUGGACCUCCUUAUACAUAUUCCUAUUAUUGGAAGUGGAUUUUUCCGCCCUCCAGACGGCAGAAAUUUACUCUGUAAUUAAGGAGAGGCUGGAUCUUUUAUGGAAUGGUCCAAUAUAUUAUAUACAGUAUAAUAACAUUGUAAUGUAAUGGAAAUACCUUAUUCUGGAUGUAAAUAUAAAACUUAUAUAUCUACAACGUUUAAGAACGUUCACAAUUCAUAGUUUGACACAUUGCCUAGCCUGCGUGCGGGUGAUCCUGCCUACGCAGGCUACAUAGUGCCAUGUUGGCGCGUCUUUCACUUUUUUUCUUCCAUUACAUUAUGACGUUAUCUAUGCAUCUCUAACAAACACUGGUGUCUGAAAGGUGUUUUCCUCUUUCUCACGGUAUUUGCGUGACUGCAAUCGUAGGUUGAAUCAGUUAAUUUUACUAAGCAUGAAAUUCUUAAAGUUACAUCUUAUUUUUUAGUGUUUAUUGGCAUUUGGUAUUUUACAGUCUAUUAAAGCUCCUUCUGCUGAUCAUCCGUAAGUGAAUUUUCCCUUUUACUUGCUGACAUGUGAAACCUGAUAUGUUACGUAGAACUGACUUUAGUAACACAAAACCGAGCCUGCAUAGGUCGCGGUUUUAAGUAGCUGAGGUUGAUGGACUGGUCUAGAGCCUGCAUACUGUAGGUCGCGGUUUUAAGGAGUUGAGGUUGAUGGACUGGUCUAGAGCCUGCAUACUGUAGGUCGCGGUUUUAAGGAGUUGUGGUUGAUGCACUGGUCUAGAGCCUACAUAGGUCGUGGUUUUAAGGAGUUGAGGUUGAUGGACUGGUCUAGAGCCUGCAUACUGUAGGUCGCGGUUUUAAGGAGUUGAGGUUGAUGGACUGGUCUAGAGCCUGCAUACUGUAGGUCGCGGUUUUAAGGAGCUGAGGUUGAUGGACUGGUCUAGAGCCUGCAUACUGUAGGUCGCGGUUUUAAGGAGUUGAGGUUGAUGGACUGGUCUAGAGCCUGCAUAGGUCGCGGUUUUAAGGAGUUGAGGUUGAUGGACUGGUCUAGAGCCUGCAUACUGUAGGUCGCGGUUUUAAGAAGUUGAGGGACUGGUCCUUCGUCUAUUGGAGUAACCGUGAAUAUGUGUUAGCUCGAAAAAGAUUUUGACAAUUCGAGUGAAGGCUCACAAAAGCCUUCGUUUGAUACCUAGCCUGCGUAGCUGGUGCUUAAAAUGAUUAUGACAUCCCUGCUUGUUGUGUACGUCAUUUUUGGAUAUUGAAAGUUACCGGAAUUGUUUAUGAAUCUUUUUUGUCGACCAGUAUGAACAUAGCUACAUUUCCGAUGAUAUUUCUUUUCCUAACAAUGAAUAUCUCUCACUGUAGAUAUGGUUGGUCUCGUGCUCGUUAUGUUUAUUCUUUAAUCAGUGGUGUUGGAAUAUUUUUCCUUGGUUCUGGUGUUUCAGUAUAUCAUGGUAUAAGCGAUUUAUUUAGUCCUCCUGUAUUGGCGUCUUUACCUUUGGUAAGUUAUUGACAUUGUGUCAUCACGCCAUUACCCAGGCGCUAUAGAAUAUAAGCCCGCUUUUCACAAGGCGAAUUUGUUCGCGCAAAGCGACUUUUUCUUUGACGGCGUCGCUUAUCACGUCAGAAAAAGCGACGCCGACAGAGGAAAAAGUCGCUUCGCGCAAACAAAUUUGACUAGUGGAAAACCAGGGCGCUUUGGAAAACGGUCUUACUACAGGAUAGCCACAUCCAACCUCGCAAGCCAGGUUCAUUACCUCUACACACGAUCUUUGCUGUAGCGUUUCGUUCAAAGGAAAACCGUUUCAAAUUUUCAGGUGGGGGCUGCGAGCAGGCUAGUGUGGACUCAGCCUGGCUUGGUUGCGCCGCAUACAUUUCUUUCUCUUGGUUGCGCCGCACAAAUACAUUUCUCUCUGAUCUUCAGCCCAAUCGCAUCCCUAUCUUCAAAUCCUGGCGAAUGAAAACAUAAGGGCCUGACUCAGUCAAGUUACACUCUGCGCGAAGACAUAGCAAACUACAGGAAAUGAACCGAAGGGUUUGCGUUCCAGUAAACACGAGACUUACAUGAAUAUUGAAUAUGUUUUAUGAAUGAAUAUGUUUAACAUGAAUAUAUUUAACAUGAAUGCCUUAACUUGAAUAUGUUUUGUGAAUAUUUUCCUAAACGAAAGUGAUGAGUAGAGAGGUUAAGAUACCCAGGGUAUCGCCAUUUUGUUUACCAAAUAUUGCUGACGUCAGCGUGUUUACCCGUAAAUUCUACCUGUUUCCCCUCGGUAAAUCAUGAUCUACACGUAUCAGACAAACCGGUACGGGUUUUUUCUGUUUAGUAUUUGUAGGCCGUUUAAAUAGUUAAAUAAAUCAAUGCACAUUUGCUCGUCAAGACGUCAAAUUUUCCCAAAUCCAUGGUUAACGGUGAACCCCAACAACAACAGUUACUAUUCUCCUAUCGGUUUUUGUUGCCCGGAAUAUCUUGGAUUUCUUAAGUUAAAAGUCGUACCCCGCGGUACGGAUACGGGUACGUGUACGUUAAUCCGUACCCAGGGUAUCUCAACCUCUCUAUAGUAUUUGUAACUUUUUAGAAAAUUUAAUUUAUUCUUUAGCCUUAUUGUGUUUCAUUGUAAAUAGUCAACCAAUCACCGAACCAUUUCCCAGGGCUUCGUAAUGACCCUCCCGUUCUGAAUUCCAGAAAGAGUAUAACUACCCAACAGCCCCUCCGCGUGUUGCCAGCCAUAGCAAUAUUUCAUGCAGAGUAUUGCAACUCGAGUCCAAGUCACAUGAUUCAAGUCUACAACUCUGGCUUCAUGUAAACCUAUUAUAUAGCGCCUGGGGACAAGGUAGCCUUCACAGUUUGUUCUGUAUCUUUGCUUCAUGUCAUCUUACGCAAAUAUACUGCACUGCCACCUUGACAUAAAUAUCUGCACUGUAAACAUUUAUAAUAAUGUUUGUUUUUAUUUAGGCAAUUUCUGUCUUGUUUGGUUCUCUUCUAGCCGAGGGAGGUAUACAACCUGGUUAUUACAACACUCGCUGCAUGUUUAUGUUCAAACCUUUGAUUAAUAAUUCAUGAGGAAAAUACAAAAGAAAUCACUGCCGUGUCGGUGGUUUUAUUUUGAUAAAAAAUCAUGUUCAUUUAUUAAAUAAACUUUAGCUUUGAUUUCCUCGGCUAUAGACAUGCGCUCGAGUGUUUUAUAUCUGGUAGAGCACUCCUGCUCGUGUUUUAAAUAGUACUUAAAUUGGGUUUGUAGUCACAUGAUAUUUCACUGGAAAUCAUGGAGCCACAUUUUCCAUUUAUAACAAUCCCAAUGUUUGGACGUUCACUUAUUUCUUUAGUACAUACAGCGACUAUCACAUCAUUUGUUGAGUGUACAUGCACACUUUAAUUUGCUGUUUCGAAUAUAUUAAUUCGAGUGGUGUUAAUACUUCAUACUGCUUAUAAUUAUUAUCUAGUAAAUAACUCAUGAAAUGAUGCUUGUGAUGUUACUCUUGAGUGUAUAUCCACACCGGACAAGCUUGAAAAAUAUGCCUGCAUGGCCACGGUGGCAUAUUUUUCAAGCUUGUCCAGUGUGGAUAUACACUCAGAGUAACAUCACAAGCAUCAUAUUCACCUGUCGAGUGAGUACAUUACACCAACACAGAAAAAAAACUCAUGAAAUAUUAGGUCAGAAGGAAAUGUUAGGUCAUGUAUUGAACAUGAACUUUCUUUGCUGCUCUUUUAUCUAGCCCGCACUUCAAUACAGUCCACUAUACUUAUCAAUUAUUAUCUAUUAUGUUAUAAAUAAUUCAUGCUUCAUUAAAUAGAUUAAUAGAUUGCAUGCAUUUUAUAAAAUUCAUUCAAAAACAUUGAAAUAACAUUUGAUGUUAAUUUAGCGACGUUUGUGAUGGCUGUGAACCAAGUUUCGAAGAGUGCGAGAGAAACUGGUGUCUCGUUUACAGAUUAUG